AUGCCAUUGAACUUGUCCAAAAAUCAGUAUGAACAACUGCUUAAUCUCUUAGGAUCACUGCAGGUUGAACAUGGAACUACAAAUAAUUCAGAGAACAUGCUAAGUGGAGCUGUGAACCUUGCAGGUAUACUUGUUUGCUAUUCCUCUAUUACUGAGAUAGGGGAUCUUUCUUGUAAAUGUGCAAAGUUAACUGAUGAUUCUUGGAUCAUAGACUCAGGAGCAUCACAUCACAUGACCUAUAAUAAAACCACACUCACAAACAUUCGACCACUACCAUCUCCUUUCCUUAUUAGUUUACCAAACGGUUACAAAGUUAAAGUAACUGAAAGUGGUGAUGUUUGUUUAGGUCCAGUUUUGACUCUGCAGAAAGUGCUUUUUGUGCCUAGUUUCAAGUUCAAUCUAAUUUCAGUUCAUUGCUUAGUGUUUCAACUCAAAGGUGUAGCAAGUUUUAACAGUGUUUCAUGUUUACUGCAGGGCCCUUCUCUGAAGAGCCCUCUGGAACUUGGUAGAGCCAAGAAUGAAAAGGAAGUGUCUUUGCAUGGAAAGCUCUACUCUGCUCCUCUUAACCUUCGAUUGCUAAGACCAGAAGAAAGUUGGGAGUUAUUAGAGAAAAGGGCAUUUGGAAACGAAAGUUGCCCUGAUGACCUAUUAGAUGUUGGUAAAGAAAUAGCCGAAAAUUGUAAAGGGCUUCCUUUGGUGGCUGAUCUGAUUGCUGGAGUCAUUGCUGGGAGGGAAAAGAAAAAGACAGUGUGGCUUGAAGUUCAAAAUAAUUUGAGUUCCUUUAUUUUGAACAGUGAAGUGGAAGUGAUGAAGGUUAUAGAAUUAAGUUAUGACCAUUUGCCACAUCACAUCAAGCCAUGCUUGCUUUACCUUGCAAGUUGUCCGAAGGACACUGCACUGGAUAUCUCUUUCUUGAAAGCUGUAUGGAGUGCUGAAGGACUUGUGGAACAGACAGAGAUGAAGAGUGUGAAAGAAGACUUAAUUUCCAGUAGCUUGGUAAUUGCUUUCAAUGAGAUAGGUGAUUACCCGACUUUCCAACUUCAUGAUCUUGUGCAUGAAUUUUGUUUGAUAAAAGCAAGAGAGGAAAAGUUGUUUGACCAGAUAAGUUCAAGUACACCAUCUUCUUCUUCAGAUUUGAUGCCACGUAUAUUGACCAUUGAUUAUGAUGAUGAUGAGGAGCACUUUGGGCUUAAUUUUGUCCUAUUCCGUUCAAAUAAGAAAAGGCAUUCUGGUAAACACCUCUAUUCUUUGACCAUAGAUGGAGACGAGCAGUUGGCCGAUAGUGUUGCUGAUACAUUUCACCUAAGACACUUGAGGCUUCUUAGAGUGUUGAACCUGGAUCCCUCUUUUAUCAAUGUGAACGAUUCUUUGCUGAAUGAAAUAUCCAUGUUGAAUCAUUUGAGGUUCUUAAGAAUUGGGACACAAGUUAAAUAUCUGCCUUUGUCUUUCUCAAACCUCUGGAAUCUAGAAACUCUGGUAGUUCAAAACAACGGAACAACCUUGAUACUAUUACCGAGAAUUUGGGAUCUUGUAAAGUUACGAAGGCUGUGUGUGAGUAAUUGUUCUUUCUUUGAUAUGGAUGCAGAUGAAUCAAUAUUGAUAGCAGAGGACACAAAGUUAGAGAAGUUGAAAAUAUUAGUGGGACUCAUUCUUUCCUAUUCAAAAGAUACAGAGGAUAUUUUCAAAUGGUUUCCCAAUCUUCAAUUGCUUCAGUUUGAUCUCAAGGAAUCAUGGGAUUAUUCAACAGAGCAAUACUGGUUCCCGAAAUUGGAUUGCCUAACUGAACUAGAAGACCUCACUGUAGGUUUUAACAGUUCAAACACAAACGACAGUGGGUCCUCUGCAGCCAUAAAUCGGCCAUGGAAUUUUUACUUCCCUUUGAAUCUGAAAAAAUUGUGUCUGGUUGACUUUCCUCUGACAUCCAAUUCACUAUAUACAAUAGCGAGACUGCCCAACCUUGAAGAGUUGUACCUUGAUCGUACAAUCAUCCAUGGGGAAGAAUGGAACAUGGGGGAGGAAGACACCUUUGAGAAUCUCAAAUUUUUUAAGUUGGAUGAAAUGACACUUUCCAAGUGGGAGGUUGGAGAGGAAUCCUUUCCCUCCCUUGAGAAAUCAGAACUGGAGGAAUGUCGUAAGCUUGAGGAGAUUCCACCUAGUUUCGGGGACAUUAGUUCAUUGAAAAUUAUCAAACUUGUUAAAAGCCCUCAACUUGAAGAUUCUGCUCUCAAGAUUAAGGAAUAUGCUGAAGAUAUGAGGGGAGGAGACGAGCUUCAAGUCGUUGGCCGGAAGAAUAUCCUGUUAUUUAAGUAG